GUUCAUCGUUCUAUAUCUGCAUCUCCAACAGCCCGCCGAAGCUCCUUAAUCCGAGCAUUCUUCUCCAGUCGAUAGACCAUUCAUACCCUCUCUACACAUCAAUCGCAAUCGCGUCAACAUGGUGGACCGCCCGAACAAGCCGUCAGCUCUGGCUGCGACUCCCAGCUUGCCCCCUCAGGCCCAGGUCACCAUCUCAGACGGCAGCUCGCGCGUCACAGCAGUCCUGCCCACGGGCGAGAGCGUCGAGAUUCUCCUGUAUGGCGCUACCGUGCUGAGUUGGAAGGAUGCUUCUGGCGAUGAGAAGCUGUGGCUGAGUGAGGGCGCGAAGCUGGACGGAACCAAGGCUGUGCGCGGAGGUAUUCCUUUGGUCUUCCCGGUCUUUGGCACCGCCCCCGACCACGAAGCUACCUCCAAGCUCCCCCAGCACGGCUUCGCCCGCAACUCCCGCUGGGAGUUCCUCGGCAAGUCCAGCAACGAGUCGUCUUCCAACAGCGUCAAGCUCGACUUUGGUCUGUCCUCUGAGAACCUCGACGAGGCCGCCCGCCAGCUGUGGCCCUACAAGUUUGGCCUCCUCUACAGCGUUACGCUUGCCCCCGAGAGCUUGAGCACCGUGCUGGUGAUUACCAACGAAGGCGAUGUGCCGUUUGAGUGCCAGACUCUUCUGCACACCUACUUCAAGAUCAAGGACAUUUCUUCGGUCCAAGUCACUGGCCUCGAGGACUCCCCCUUCCACGACAAGGUCGACGGCGUCAAGGACAAGACCCAAUCCUCCGAUCCCAUCACCUUCUCCGGCGAGACCGACCGCGUAUACACUCCCGUCAAGGGCCCCGGACACCCCGUCGUCAUCACCGACGGCGGCGUGGCCAAGUUCCGCGUUGUGCGCGACAACCUCGACGACGUGGUCGUUUGGAACCCCUGGGUCGACAAGUCUGCCGGCAUGGGCGAUUUCCAGCCCAAGGACGGCUGGAAGAACAUGGUUUGCGUGGAGGCUGGCGCUGUCAGCACGUGGCAGAAGCUGGAAAAGGGGGAUGCCUUUGAGGGUGCGCAAACUAUUUACUUGAACUGAAGAGGAGGUGUCUAGAGAAUGCAUAAGCCUGUCUAUACCCAUAUAUACGUAUUUGUCGGGAGGCAAUCAGUGACCUGGACAAAGUGGGAGUCGCUCCCCCUUAGUAUAUUGGCACGAGAGUGAGUGCUGUUGGGACCGAAAGUCAUGUCGGAAUUGAAAUCAUGUUGAAUUUGCGCAUUUGCCUGU